GCCGUGGCAGGCGCUGGCAGCCUGUGCACCUCCUCGAAGUUCGAACCAACUUCUUCGAGGAGAAUCAAGGCUCAUGUGACACUGACAAGUGUGUCGGUCUGUUCUGCAAAGUGUGAAAACCAAGUCUACCAAUUUUAAGGGCGUAAGACAGCGUUCUUGUAAACAAUGGCGUCUUGCACACUUUUAACGAGUGGCGCCCUUGGUAGCUUGGCAUUGAGCCAGUGCGGUGCUUUAGAAAGGCCGUGGCAGUCAACGCCCCGUUCUCGCCCCGCUACUUUUGGCCGUGGACCGAGUGCUGGGACAGUAUGCAGUAGCAGCAGGCUGGGCGAGCGCCGCCACGUGCUGCUGAGAGAAGGCAGGAGAGGCUCUGGCAUGCAGGACAGGCCCCGGAGAGGCCCCACCGUGUGCGGCAUCUUUGGGCUGGGGGUCCCGGAGCUUGUGGUGAUAGCGGGCGUGGCGGCGGUGCUGUUUGGGCCCAAGCAAUUACCGGAGUUGGGGAAGAGCCUGGGGAAAACGGUCAAGAGCUUCCAGCAGGCUGCUAAAGAGUUCGAAGGUGAAAUUAAGAAGAAUGCGGAGGAGUUGAAAGAGGAGGCCCAAAAUAGCGUAGACGAGUUCAAAAACGAAGUGAAGAAGGAGAAAUAAGGAGCCAAGGCAAGUGUUCUGUCAGUCAGUCAAUUUUGUUACACAGUUUGCAAUUUGUUGUGGGGGGUUGCUCAUACCAAUCCUGAUUCCAAAUGAGGGCGGCGGCAGAGUAAGCAUGUCAAUCAACAUUUGGAUACUUUCUCGAAGUAGCUUUUCCAAGGGCUCUGGUUAAAGAUGCCCUCUAGGAAGCCCGGGAAAAUGUCACUUGAUUGAUGGAACGAUGCUCUACUUGGAAAAAGUCUCGGCAAAGUGGACACCUUUUGAAGAAUGUAGGGCGGCGUUUGGUUGCAAAAACCCAGUAGAUCAUCAGAGAUUCAUUUGUCUGCGUCAUGCGUUGCUUAUGGCAAAUGCAUGUGUGGUGCAUCUACCCGAAGCAGACAUUGCGUAUUAAUGAUUGGUUGCAUGAGGGCG